AAUUAAUCUGGAAAAGAAAACUAAAAUUGUCAGUAGAGGAAACGAUAUAAAACAUUUUAUUUAUUUCAAUUUCAAGUUUAUACACAUGGAUUCCUAUGGAUAUCCGUAUGGUGGUCCAUAUGGACCGGUGCCCCCUGACGUGGUAUACCCAGAUCAUGGAGAUGGGCUGUAUUACCCUCCAGUGAGCACUGACCUCUCGGAUGAUAGAUACAACUACCCUCGUAAAUACCGCGAGCACCGACGAACCAGGAGCGACACCAGCGACAUAUCACGCAAGUCCAGACUUCGGUCCCGAUCCGAAACUCGAUCACGAUCGAAAGGACGAUCUCGUACGAGAAGCCGAACUCGAUCGACAACUAGAUCUAGGACCCGGUCGAGGUCGAGAUCCAGGUCCAAAAAUGCAGAGCAUUCUUCGGCCUCAAAGAACAACUUCUACCCUACGAGAGAACUCACUUUUUUGGACUCGUUCCGUGUUCUUUAUUUAACACCAAGCGGCGCAAAAAAGAACACGACGAAAUACCUGGCAACGAAAAAGCAUCAAGACAGAAUCACACAGAUCCUCAAAAGCGACGGUUUAGGGUCCAAGCAUUGGCUGUUCUACCCGCGACCGAAACCUACCAGUACCGCCAACUCUAGCCCAGGGUUGACCACAGCAGCGUCAAACACAGACCAGAGAGUCAAACUUGAUGGGGACUUCUUUAGAGACCGCAAAAGAGGCAAAAAUGUCGACGCCAGCGCCCCGGUCGCGAAGCUGAAGCGAUGGGAACUUAUAUUUUAUAAGAAACUCGGUUUUAUUCAGGCUGUUUAAAUGGUUUGUUCUGUAAAAUGGUUUCAAAUGUGAGUGAACAAUUCUAGUUUAAGGCUCUGGUUGUUGAUUAAAAUUGGUUUUGUAACUUCAAA